GCGUCACAUGUUGUUUUUCUCCAGGAUCAGAUCAGUCCCCGGUCUGCUCCCUCUGCACUGUUGCUUCAACCGUUGCAGACAGCGGACACAUCUCUCCGUGUCUGCUAUGUAUGUAUAAGAAAACGGGUUUAAAUUUUUAUUUUUUUUCCCACCGCGAUUAAUCCGUAAUAGGAAUCGGCUUAUCUGGGAUUUGAAAAGAAGAAGAGAGAAAUGGCAAGUCCUCCGAUGACGGGAGGACACCUGUUAUCAAACGGGACGAACGGUGUGAAGAAGUGCGGUUACCUGAGGAAACAGAAACACGGACACAGACGCUUUUUCGUGCUCAGAGAGCCGACCGAUCGCUGCCCUGCCCGCCUGGAGUAUUAUGAAAGUGAGAAGAAAUGGAGAAACAAGUCCGCGGCGAAACGGAUCAUAACUUUGGACACCUGUCUGUGCGUAAACAAACGAGCCGACGCCAAACACAAGCACCUCAUCGCCCUCUACACCAAGGACGAGUAUUUUGCCGUGGCUGCAGACAACGAACAGGAGCAAGAGAGCUGGUUCGAGGUUUUGACCGAUCUCAUAGCAGAAGGGAAAGUGUACGACAGCCCCGCUUCCACCUCCUCUCUAGUUGGCUUUGAGGAAUCCAGCUACGGGCUUAUUACUCCUGCAACAGCUGUCUAUAAGGAGGUAUGGCAGGUCAACCUGAAAGCCAAAGGUUUGGGUCAGAUCAAGAACCUCACAGGUGUGUACAGGCUGUGUUUGUCCAGCAGAACCAUCAGCUUUGUCAAACUGAACUCUGAAACAGCUGCUGUCAGUUUACAGCUCAUGAACAUCAGGAGAUGCGGCCACUCAGACAGCUUUUUCUUCAUUGAAGUGGGCAGGUCAGCGGUCACAGGGCCCGGGGAGUUUUGGAUGCAGGCAGAGGACUCAGUGGUGGCGCAAAACAUCCAUGAGACCAUCCUAGAGGCGAUGAAGGCUAUGAAGGAGCUUUCUGAGUUCAGGCCGAGGAGCAAAAGCCAGUCUGCCAGCACCAACCCCAUCUCUGUGCCCACACGACGCAACCUCAACAACCUCCCCCCUAGUCAGACGGGUUUGGUGAGGCGAUCCAGGACAGAUAGCAUAGCGGCUACAUCACCGGGGAGAAAGUUCACCUCCUGUCGGAUAAGGACGGCCAGCGAGGGAGAUGGAAGCGUGACCCGGCCCGUGUCCAUGUCCAUAUCUGUGAACGGGAGUCCCACCAGUCCGAACUCUGCGAAUCACCUCAGCAGGUCCCAUACACUCAGCAGUGGGCGCACCUGUAGAAUGCUCGAGUCCUCCUCCAACCUGCAUCACAGCCGGUCCAUGCCAGUGUCCAACUCCCCUCCGGUUGCCUCCAGCCCCAUCAGCAUGUCUCCCAGAGGGGGGGCUUGUAUCUCCACUCCUGACAAAGCCAGGCGGCCCUUCAGCUGCAGUGCCUCCAUCUCUGGCUCCCUCAGCGACACCGGUUUCAUGCUGUGUGACGAUUACAGCUCAAGCCCAAGUGAACCCAAGUUCCUCCCCUUGACCCGCAGCGACACCCCCGACUCCCUUUCCAGCACACCUCCAUCCCGUGACAUCAGCGACCCUUGUGGCUACAUGUUAAUGGAGGGGGCCAAUGGCAGCAGGUCUGGCGGCGAGGGUUUGGCGUACAGGAAGCGAACACAUUCCCUCACCACACCGCGUCAACAGAGGGUGGUGGCACCGCUGUCCUCGGCCUCCCUGGACGACUACACCCUCAUGAGGAUGGCGCACGGACAGAACUCUCACUCCGCCUCACCUAAAGUGUGUUACCCCGAGGACUAUGGAGACAUAGAAAUCGGUUCAUCCAGGAGCUCCAGCAGUAACCUUGCCGAUGAAGGUUACAUGCCCAUGACACCAGGUGUAGCGCAGCAAUCCGGCAAGGCAGACAACUACGUGGCCAUGAGCCCCAUGUGCGUCUCGGCACCGAAACAGAUCGUGAACCCAAGGGUGCAUCCUCAGGCGGCUGCCGGCGGGGGCUACAAGACCAAUUCCCCCUGCAGCAGCUCUCUGGAGGACAGCGGUUACAUGAGGAUGUGGUGCAGCUCCAAAUCCUCCAUGGAGAGCCCAGACAGGAAUGGUGAAUACAUGAACAUGUCACCUGGAAACCCACCUCCACUCCAGACCCCCCCUGACUACUACUUGGGCCUGCUGGCUGGGGAAUCGUCGUCAGUGAGGUCAGCGUACCAGGCCGGCUCCCUCACCCUCCCUGCUAAACUUCAGGCCUCCAAGAAUGAAGAUAACAGCCAGUAUGUGUUGAUGAGCCCUCAGAGUUUGAGGCAAAGGGCAGCGGACUCUGACUACUAUUCAGUGAUGCAGCCCAGCGCGACUCAGACCUCACCACUGAGCCCCUCAGUACCCUCCCCAGUCAGGCAUGGCCGGGCGGACACCAUUCCAUACAGAGGGAGGCUAGGCAGGCCUAACAGGCUAUCCCUGGACACCCUGAGGACCCUGCCCAGCAUGAAUGAACACCCCCUGCCUGGAGAGCCCCGGAGUCCUGGUGAGUACAUCAACAUCGACUUCAGCGGCCCCAGAUUCUCCCCGCCCUCCAUCGAGUCCACAGACAGCCAGUCUUCAUCUCUGGCUCCUAGCGGCGGGGGCCAGAGGAGAUCCUGUCUGACAGACUACAUCAACCUGGAGCUGGUCUCACACUCACCCAAGCAGGCUGACACUCCCGUUGAGCGUUUGGACACACUCCCAGAGCUAUCCAUGUGCCCCUGCUCGGGGGAGGACGGAGUGUACCAUCUGGGUGGUGAGAAAGGGUCUCAGGGCCUGAAUGACGAUGGCAACGACGACUACACUGAGAUGACGUUUGGGAUGACCAGCUCGCCUCCACAGCUCGUUCCUCACAAUACAACAAGCAGCCUGAGCAGCAGAGAGAGGACGCUCUCUCUGGAGGACCAGGGAGUACCAGAAAGCAUCGGGGUCUUCCUGCUCGGGGCCGCCUCAGCCUCCACGGUCGACCCCGACUGCUCCGCCAAGGUGAUCCGAGCCAACCCUCAAGGACGUCGGCGCCACAGCUCCGAGACCUUCUCCUCCACCGCCACCGUAACCCCCGUGUUCCCCUCCUUCGCCCGCGGAGACGGCAUCAAGAGGCACAGCUCGGUGGAGAACAUCUCAUCCCGGAGCAGCGAGGGCUCAGACGAGGAGUACGGCAGCCCCGUGAACCGGCAGAGUUCGGCCGGCUACCCCAACGGACUGAACUACAUUGCGUUGAACCUGCUGGACAACAGAGGGGUGGAGAAAUGCGAGGACUUGGUUGGCUUCAAACCCACCAGCAGCUGCAAAGGGGGUAUCAAUGGAUUACACAGCACACCAUAUGUCUGUUUGGGAUUCAAGGAGGCUGCAACCACUGCCAAAGACUGAAGGACUCCUCUUGUCCUCUGACUUGGCGUCUUCACUGACCUGCUGCUCGAAAAAAAGAAAAAAGAUUUGCCCUUCCACUGGCCUCUGUGGCCCUAAAAGACUGUCUGGACUAUCAACACAAUACACACAAACACAUAUACACACACACACACACACACAUACACACGCGAAAGAAACAAACAGGUCACCAUCUAUGCAUGUCAUGAAUUAGCUGGAGGCAGGACAGGUGUUUGUGCGAGAGUGUGUUUGUGUGUGUGUGUGUGUGUUGCUGGAUGUGUGUAUCGGUGUGUCUCAUGUUCCCCGCGCUUUCAGAGGCCAUUUCUCCUGUGACCUAAAUUACAGCGCAAGCACAGAAGCAAAGAUAGUCAGACAAUAACAAAACUCUAAUGGUACCCAGAUUCUAUUUAUUUACUUGAGGGCAGUUUUAUGACUGCUGUGCGUGCGUGUGUGUGUUUUUGAGACAAAGUACGACCAACUGGUAUGUCAGUUAACACUUUAACAAUGAAACCUACUAACUAUAGAAAUGGCCCAGGGAGCGAGGAUACCAAGCCUGAGAGGUACACUGAGUAAAUAACUAUAUUUAGAAUAGAUAUUUUAUUUAUUUUUGAAAGAUGAAUGUCUGACAAGACCGACCCAAUGCCUUAAUGUCUAUACAGUCCUUAUGUUUUCUAUGAAAUAAGAGAUAAAUAUUAUAUUGCAGUAUGUCUAUUUGGACCUACAUCUCUAUAUUGUUAUUCUCUUGUGGAAAAAGUUAGUUUACCAUUAAAAUAUAUAAUUUCAGAAAUGUACAGUAAAGUGGGGCUGCUUCAAAUCUGAUUUAUCGUAUUGAUAUUAAAGUAUUUUCUUAAUUACUAAUUUCUUAUUUAUUCUAACCUAGUUUAUUUUUUGUCCAAUCAAAGCGCUGGACUUAAAGAAAUAUAUUUCUAAUUGUCUUUUAAGAGUUAUGCAUGUCUUUAUAACUCAGCUCAGACCCUACAACAUCAGGCAUCUGAAUGCACUGUACCUCCCACAGUUCCUCAGUCACUUGAGCCUGAAAACCUCACACACUCCUACCUUCAAACCUACGGCCUGAGUGUUUAGCUCGACGCGGGCCGCCCUGCUGUGAUAUCAUUUGACGGCACAACUGUCUAGUCGAGGUCAGGAUGGAGAGGGGUGGGUGGAGCCGGUGAAAUAUGGCGGGGGUUUGGAGGCACAGUG